AUGGAGCUGAGCCAGCAAUCAAUACACGAUGUUAUCCAUCCCACCGCCGCCUUCUCGGACUUGGAACCUUGUCCGGAAGCAGCAGGCACGCCAUCGACGAGGCCCUGCGCAGACGAGGUCCCGUGGUCCGAGUCCUGCCUGAACCCAAGGAAUCGCAUCGACAGUCUCGACCCCCUCGCCAACCCCCUCUGGCGCAUCGACGGAUGCACCGCCUUCGGCACGCAGAUUUACGCUGUGCCCCUCUUCGUCAACCCCGUCCGCCCCUACCGGGUCGACGUCUUCAUCCCGGAGCCCGCCACGCUGCCCGACGAGCUCCGCAGGGUGCUCGACCUCGACGUCACCUUUUACACGAGGGAUGGCUCGCGCAUCGCCCGGCUGGGCAUCACGCGCCACGUGCUCCGGAUCCUGCAGCACUGGACGUCGGCCAUGGAGGACCCCUCGCACAUCUACAGGAACCUGCCUUUUGGGUCGAGGAUUGCCCUGCAGAAUCUGCCAAAGAACGUGGCCGACGCCCGCAUCUCGGUCGCGCCGACGCACUAUCUCGAGCGCCAACUGCUUUCCGUCUCGACGCUGCGCGGCUUCUGGGGCGACCACGUGGCCCUGCCGCCCGUCGUCGACAUCGAGGACGUCGAGUACAUGUCGCAGCUGCACGACAGCGUCUGCCUCGUUCGCAUCGAUGGCAGGACGUGGAUCUUCAAAGCCAUUACCAGCUACACAAAGUACCUCUAUCACGAGCUGAGGCAGCUCCUCGUCAUGCCGCCGCACCCCAACGUCAUUGCCCGCCCCGUCCACCUCGUCACCAAGAGGUGCAACUUCGGCAACAAAGUGGCCGUCGUCGGCUUCACCGUCGAGAACCACGUCCACGGCAGCCUGCGGGAUCUCAUCCCCUUCCUCCAGCUCCACGGCCACGUCUCCACCAUGGACAAGGCCAAGUGGUCGCUCCAGCUGGCCUCGGCGCUGGUGCACCUGCGCGAGACGUCGGGCAUCUUCUAUCCCGACCUGCGCCUCGACAAUAUUGUGCUCUCCGAGUCCUGGGAUGCCGUCAUGAUCGACUUUGAGCAGCGCGGCGUCUGGUGCGAGUUUGCGGCCCCCGAGGUCAACGCCAUCGAGUAUGUUCGACUGCUCGCCAUCGAUGAGGAAAUCGAUCCGGAAGUCCAGAGCAAGUACGCCGGCCUGCUGACCGGCCUGCUCCCUGGCUGGCAGGAGAUGGGAGAGGGCGAGGACUACGCCUGGCCCUGCCAGGGCUACAAUGUCCCCUGGUCUUGCCUGACGCGCGCCGAGCAAGAGGCCUGCGAGGUCUACAUGCUCGGACGCGUCCUCUGGUGCAUUUUCGAGGCCAGGAGCGCCCCGCAGAGGUCGGCCGUCUGGCUUUCCUACCGCUGGGAGCCGCUGGUCGAGUUCCCCCAUUACACGACAACGCCUGAGCCCAUCCGCGACCUCAUCGAUCGCUGCACCCGAGGCAGGCAGGCCGGCUUGAGCAAGCUUAUUGUCAGAGAGCGCGAUAGGCUUGUCAUGCGGGAGCUCGAGAACACGGGCAGGUCCACCACCCGAGAGGUCCAGCAAACCGCUCGCGAUUGGUGGGCCAAGGAGAUUGCCGCCUCUGAGAAGUGGCUCGAGGAGAGGGGCGAGGGCAUGCAAAGGGGGGACUGGAACGAGAACUACUAUGGCCGCCCCCGUUUGCGCGAGGUCCGUCGCACUCUCGAGGCUUUCCACGCUGGGAGCGGAGCCGCCGGGUCGUAA